AAUCCUACUUUCUUCUCCCAAAACCCUAGCCAGUAGCCACAGACCCGAGACAGAGAGAGAACCACAUCAAGUCAUCAACGACGCGCGCGCUUGUCCUCCCUCCGGCGCCCCGUCGUCUUCCUCAUCCCUUCGGCCAGUCCUCCACCUCCGUCACGAGGCAGAUCGGCCCUGUGUUGAUUUCGAUCUUGACUUGCUCCUUUGCUCCUCUGUGUGUUGCAACCAUGGCUCGUUCCUUUGCCCCAUCCUUAUUGGUCCUUGCUACUUUGAUCGCACUGGUCUUCCCUCAACUAGGACUGUUUGCUGCAACCUUGACUCAUUCCGAGGGCCAAGAAAACGUUGAUACAUCUUUAUCGACCCCAACAUUGACACAUGAAUAUGAUGUCUUCGUUAGUUUUCGUGGGGAAGAUACCCGCACAAACUUUAAAGCCUAUCUCUUAGCCGCUUUUGACCGUAAAAGGAUUCGUGCUUAUCGAGAUGACAAAGACCUCCCUAGAGGGCGAGAGAUUGGACCCGAGUUAUUGAAGGCAAUUGAGACAUCAAGGAUUGCAGUUGUUGUGUUCUCGAAAAACUAUGCUACUUCUAGUUGGUGCCUUGAAGAGCUGGUGAAGAUCAUGGAAUGCAAAAGGCUGUUAAAUCAAAGCGUGAUGCCUAUUUUCUAUGAUGUGUCUCAAUCCGUGGUGCUAGAACAGAAGGAAAUUUUUGCAGAGGCACUCCUGAAUGGCCCCAUAGACAAGGUGAACAAUUGGAGAACUGCAUUGAAGGAGGCUGCAAACUUGGAAGGCUUCCAUUUGGAGCCAGAUAGGUAUACAUCUUUAAUUUAUAUAAAACCGAAGCAAAUUAACUUUUGAUUAACCUUA